GGGCUUCGCAAACACACUACAACAAGACAAGUGAAGAUGGCGGAUGUGUUGAGUGUUCUCCGUCAGUAUAACAUCCAGAAAAAAGAAAUCGUCGCUAAAGGAGAUGAAGUUAUAUUUGGAGAGUUCUCCUGGCCGAAAAAUGUCAAGACCAACUACAUAAUCUGGGGUACUGGUAAGGAGGGCCAGCCCAAAGAGUACUAUACUUUGGACUCUAUCUUGUUCUUGCUCAACAAUGUGCAUCUCCCGCAUCCAUCCUAUGUGCGAAGAGCUGCAACAGAAAACAUCCCUGUUGUCAGACGACCUGAUCGAAAAGGCUUGCUCUCGUAUCUCAAUGGCGAGAGUUCUACAUCAACAAGUAUUGACAGAAGUGCACCUAUAGAAAUAGGUUUGCAAAGGCCAACACAAGUCAAACGAGCAGCUGACGAGGUAUCUUCUGAAGCCAAAAAACCAAGGAUUGAGGAUGAAGAGCGAGUGCGUCUGGACAAGGAGCGUCUGGCUGCCCGUCUGGAGGGCCACAAAGAGGGCAUCGUGCAGACUGACCAGAUCAGAUCCCUGUCUGAGGCCAUGUCAGUGGAGAAAAUUGCAGCCAUCAAAGCCAAGAUCAUGGCCAAGAAACGUUCCACCAUCAAAACAGAUCUGGAUGAUGACAUAACCCUGAAGCAGAGAAGCUUUGUGGACGCUGAGGUGGAUGUCACCAGAGAUAUUGUCAGCAGAGAGAGGGUCUGGAGGACCAGGACAACCAUUCUCCAGAGCACUGGAAAGAACUUUUCCAAGAACAUCUUUGCCAUCCUUCAGUCAGUGAAAGCCAGAGAGGAAGGGCGUGCUCCAGAGCAGAGACCAACACAGAACACUACUCAAGCGGACCCAUCCCUAAGGAACAAGCAGCCUGUCCCAGCUGCCUACAACAGAUACGAUCAAGAGCGAUUCAAAGGAAAAGAGGAAACUGAGGGUUUCAAGAUCGAUACCAUGGGAACCUACCACGGCAUGACCCUGAAGUCAGUGACGGAAGGAGCAUCUGCUCGGAAGGCCCAGACCCCAGCGCUACAGCCUGUCCCUCGUCCAGUUUCACAAGCCAGACCACCACCAAACCAGAAGAAAGGGUCCCGGACGCCCAUUGUCAUCAUCCCUGCUGCCACCACCUCACUCAUCACAAUGCUCAAUGCUAAGGAUCUUCUGCAGGAUCUAAAGUUUGUGACACCAGAAGAGAAGAAGAAGCAGGGCAUCCAGCGCGACAAUGAGGUCCUGCUUCAAAGACGCAAAGACCAGAUCCAGCCUGGUGGCACAACACUGAGUGUCACUGUACCUUACCGCAUCAUCGACCAGCCGCUCAAACUGGCUCCACAGGACUGGGACCGAGUGGUGGCUGUGUUCGUGCAGGGUCCUGCCUGGCAGUUCAAAGGUUGGCCGUGGCUGCUUCCUGAUGGAUCACCUGUCGACAUUUUCGCCAAAAUUCGAGCCUUUCAUUUGAAGUAUGAUGAGGCAAAGACAGACCCCAACGUGCAGAAGUGGGAUGUGACCGUCCUGGAGCUGAGCCGCCACAGGCGCCAUCUGGACCGGCCUGUCUUCCUGCGCUUUUGGGAAACCCUCGACAGAUACAUGGUGAAACACAAAUCUCACCUCAGGUUCUGAGCCCAGAUCACAGCGUCCAUCUCUGACCUUCCAGCUCUCCUCAGUCCCCUUGCAGAGGUAGCCCCUCUCAUCCAAGCUGCCAUCUCAUCUUCCGACAUGAUCCCCAUUUUAAUAGGAGAAGGAGGACAGAUUAUCCAGUGGACUUCCUCCAACACUUCCUUGAGGACUCCUAAUGCAAUGCAAUCUGCUGGAUAUGUUGCUCUGGACACCAGAGAGGAGAUUUAGGGGAUUUUUGUGUUUUUGUUGUAAUUGUUUUCUAAUGUUUUCAUGUAGUUAAAAAAAAAAUACCAAAAUAUGUUUUAUAUAAAAAGGCAACAUACUGUGGAAACAAUUUAAAUGAGAGAUUAAGCAACAUGGUGGGGUCGGAGGCAGAGGACGUUUGCAUUUUUGUUAAUGAAUUGUCAGUGAAUUCAAUUCAGAAGUGUUUAGAUUGCAAGAAACGUGAAAAUGACUCUUGGUACAAACAGAACAGCCACUGAGUUUGAGGAAAGAGACUUCCUAUACACUUAUCCUUUUUUAUUUUGGGUGUUUGUGGUCUGAAUGUACAUAUAAGAUAAAACCUGUCAGAGCCAAAGCUCUUUGAGCAGAGAGGAGGAUGCAGGUAAGUGCUUUGUUAAUAAUUCAGAAAACUACUCUGCUCUGGCUAAGUAAAAUGAUCUCUGUCUGUUCCUAGAUCAGUUUUUGACAGAUCAGCACAUUUCUGGGUCAUGCAAUGACCUUGUUAAAGUCUUUUUUUUUUUUUCCCCUUCUUUGUUGGUGUUGUGCUAGAGGAGAAAAGUGAUGGAAAGUAUUGCUUUAAGUCAUCACAUGAAAAUAGACAAUAAAGCCUCAGAGAAACAAA